AGAUGUCUUAUGAUUUAUAUAUUGAAGUCUUAUUGUCAGCUAUAAACGAAUUUAAACAGCUUAAAUUUAUAAAUCAAUCUGUAGUUGAUAAUAAUUUAUCUUCUUUAUUUUAUUUGGCACAUACCUGUUUAAGACAUGCUAGAAGCAUAUCUUCAAAUUGUACAAUACCAUCUUCUCCACCUGCAAGACCUAAUUAUCAAGCGAGAAAUAUAGAACAGAAAAAAUCUUCUUUAUACCAAUCGGAUCAAACAAGAUAUGUACAUAAUGAAGGAAAGACUUUUUCUUCUGUUAAAAUAACUUCAAGUCAAACAAAAUCACCUUAUAAACAAUCUGUGGCUAUGACUGUUUCACAUACAACAUCAUUAAAUACAGUUAAAGCUUUAUUAUCUCUUACUACUCCGAAUUCAGAGAAUAAUGGAAUAGCAAAAAGAGAAAGCUAUUAUAAUUCUACUUCUACUUCAUUAUCAUCCACAAUAAAUAAUGUGGAUGAUAAUAUCUUUUUACUAUCAAAUAGUACAAUCGAUCCAUAUAUUCUAAUUACAGUGCAAACGAGUAACAGUGAUAAUAGCUUAUCUUCAAAUAAUAUCCAUUCUAGUUAUCUACCUAGAAUACCACAGGCACCUCUUAUUACUACUUACAAAUUACUUCAAAGACAAGUAGAGGAUGCUAAUGAGCAAAAUCAGUUAGAGGAUCUAUCUUUCCCUUUAAAUCGAGUUCGUAAUAUCUAUAUGACAGCUACAACUGUACCUACUAUUUUACAAUUUUCACCUGUACUUAUUGCAUAUCAAUUGACUUUAAUUGAUUCGACUAUCUUUCGUAAUAUUCCAGUAAAUGCUAUCCUGACACAUACUCCAAAGACCCCUCAUCCAGCUAUUGUUGCCUCGACUGACUUUUUUAAUUAUUUGACUCGAUUUAUAGAACAUGCUAUCUUAUUACAGCAGGAUGCCUCAUCGCGUGCUGAGUAUAUACAUCAUUGGAUUAAAGUAGCUCAAAUAUGUUUUGAAUUAAAGAAUUAUCAAACUUUAAAGGCAGUUAUCUCUGCGUUUGGUACACCUCCUAUUGGACGUUUGAAACGGUCUUGGCAAUUUGUACCUAAAAAGAGUUUGAAUCUACUAGAGGCUCUAAGUGACUUUAUGUCAGAGGCAUCCAAUUAUGCGAAUUAUAGAGCAAAGAUAGGUCUGCUGACGUUGUCUGUUGAAGAAGAUGAAAUUAAAUCUAGGGAAGUGAUCCAAGGGGAUACAUUCUUAUCAUCCUCCGCCAGUACUGAAGCAAUCCCUACUGUGAAAAAAAAAUUAGCUGCCGUCAGAAAGAAUUCGUUUAGUGAACCCACUGUGCCAUUUCUAGGUGUCUUUAUCCAUGAUAUGACUUACCUUGCAGCUGCUCUUCUUUCAAGGGAAGGAAGAGGUGAAACUCAAAAUAAUAGACGACAUAAUAGUGAAUGGGUCAUCAAGAAGGAGAACGAUAGGAAAUUAAUCAUGAUACAACAGGAUACUAGAGUCUCAGAACUAUUAAGGUUAUUCAAGAGCUUUCAACAGAGCCCACCUUAUUCACCACAUUUAUCUGCAGCUUGUAUGAAAGAUUUAAAUAAGAAUCGUAAACGAAAAUUAUCUCAUGCUUUAAAGAAAUCGCCCAUCUAUUUUCAACAAGAAGAUUACUACUACGAUGGUGAAUUAAGUAUUGAAAUGCAACAAUGUCUUAUAACUCAAUAUCUGCUAACAAGGUCUUGGGUAAGUGAAAAAACAGUAGAUGAAUUAAGUUUGUUAAGAGAGCCUACUACAAAACAACCCAUUAGAAAUCAUUCAGUACCUGAUUUACAACCAUCCAUUAUUAACUCAAAACUGAUUUCUUCAAGUUCUUUAAUACAAACCCCUUCAUCCACUAUUUCUCAAGAGGAAGGUAUUCGAAAUAGCUCAGGUAGUUUAACGAGUCAUGGUGACAGUAGUUUAAGCUCCAAUAAUGAUAGUAGACCUGUCAGUAUAGAAAAUGAAAUAAUAUUAGAACGACAUGAGGAAGCGAUUAAUAAAAAAUUGACAAUGAAUCAUUUUUGGUUGUUUGGUAGAAAAAGCGUAGACCAAGGGCUUUUGAAAGCAUCUACUACUGAAUCUUUAUCUGCUGGACUUAUCCACAGAUCACCUAGGCAUUUUUCUUUUGAUGAGUUAAAUGGAAAAGACAUGCCAGUAGUCAAUCAAUCAUUAACGAACAAUAGUAGUACAUCAUUACUUGAACAUAAUGCAACACUUCGUAUGAAUCGAGAAAGUCCAUUAUUAUCUGCAACCUCUAUUUUUCGUAAAGAUUUUUGGAAAUCCAACAACCAUCAUCAACAAAAUAAGGCACCUUUAAUUAUAUUUAAUAGUGAUCCGUCUAUGAUUUCUUCAUCUUCAGAAAAGAUCUGCUGUCCUUCUUUUGAUCAAUUACAUGAAUAUACAUUAUCGCCACCUCAUCCAUUAGAUUUAUCACCUUCCUCAUCUACUGCGUUAUAAAAAAAAAGAAAAAAAAAAGCGAAUAGCAUACAUUCACAGACGGUUUUUCUUUUUCUUGUU